GCCUCCGCCGCUUCCUCCCCACCGCCGCUGCCUCCGAGCGCCGCUCGCCUUGUCUGUCUCUCUUCGGAGCCAUGGCUGGGGGGGCGCCUGUCCAGCAGGCUAUGGAGUGUGAUGCAGAGCCAAGGUCUCUCCUGGCUUUCCAGUCCCUUGUGAACCUCAAGCAGGCCACCACGCGGGAGAUGCAGGUGCAAACGUCAGAGGCUUCCAUGUGGGCGGCGGUGGCUGCCAUCCAGGCCAUCGACAAAACAGUGGACAACCACACCAUGCGCUUGCUGCGCUUGGAGGGCAGGGUGGGGUCAACAGAGAAGAAGCUGGGGGCCAGUCAAAAGACCUCAACAGAAAUGGAGAACCAGCUGGAGAGCAAGUGGGCUGCACUGGGGACCUUAACUGAGGGGUACAGGCAGCUCCAGAAAAGACUGGAGAAUGUGGAGAAUCUGCUGAAGAAUCGGAACUUCUGGAUCCUGAGAUUCCCCCCUGGUGUGAAGGGAGAAACGCCCAAGGUUCCAGUGACCUUCGAUGACCUCUCAGUCCAUUUCAACGAGAAGGAAUGGGGAGACCUGGAUGAGUUGCAGAAAGAGUUAUACAAGACAGUCAUGAAAAGCAACUAUGAGAUGUUGGUCUCUCUGGACUAUGCCGUCGCCAAGCCAGAGAUCCUGACUCGGAUUGAGCAGGGAGAAGAGUUGUGUGAGAAAGAACUUGGAGAUUCAGAAGGCAGUGGUGUCCCUGAACAACUUGACACAGACUGCUCCGCUGCUCCAGUCGAUGUUUCUUUGUGGCUUAAACAAGAGGUGGAGGAAUCCCAGAAUGGGGAGGCUAAGCUUCGUGAGGAGACGAGCAAUGGCUGCCACAUGGGUUCUCCCAUGGAUAUAGUAGAGUCAUCCUCGUGGAUUAAAGAGGAAGUGGAAGAGGUUCGCUUUGCUCCUGAGGAUGGCCAAGAAAGAGAUCUCGGCCACAAAGGUAGCCUGGAAUAUCAAACUGUCACAGUGGACGAAGAGCACAUGGCGGGACCCCAGGAAGGCAUGUGUGCGCAGGAGCCGUUGUUCCUUGGUGAAGGGCCUAGCACUGCAGAACAAGAAACUUCAGCAGACACACAGGAGGCACAGGAAGACGUAAGCCACCGGAAGCCGGACUUGCUCAUCGACCUGUUGGGAAGAACCACCCCUCCCAGCCCUGGGCACAGCCUUGCCCAUGGCGCUGAGCCUGGUACUAAGCCCCAGCCCAUCAAGGAGGAGCCGGAGGACUUGAUGAAGGAGCUAUACUCCUACCUGGACUGCGGGAAGCGCUUCGGGCACAAGACGCCCCAGCCCUUCCAGUGCCUGGAAUGCCACAAGAGCUUUAGCUGGGAGGACGAGGAGCGCCAGCCGGACAGCCACCCUCCUGCCACCUGCCCCGAGUGCACCCAGCGCCUGCGCAAGAAGCGCUCCAGCCUGGCGCACGUGGCAGACGCCCAGCCCUUCGCCUGCGCCACCUGCGGCGCCACGUUCAGCCAGUGGUCGAUGCAGCUCCUCCACCAGAAGUGCCACGGGCCCCACAGCUACUCCUGCGGUGACUGCGGGGCUGGGGCGGGGUCAGCCCAGGAGCUCCAGCGGCACCGGAGGGCCCACGCCGUGGUGGGGAGGGUCCACUCCUGCCUCAACUGCCCCUGCAGCUUCCUCUCCUCCUCCGAGCUGGCUGCCCACCGCCGGACGCACACCUCCACCUGGCCGUUCACCUGCAGCUGGUGCCAGAGCACGUUUGCCAGCCGCAAGGUGCUCUCCGAACACCAGGAGCUGCACGUGGCGGCGGCCAGGAAGGUGCUCCCCCACGUCAAGCUCAGCUUCAGCUUCAACUGGCGGGAGUUCCUGGCGGAACAGAUGAAGCACUGCCUGCACUCCGGCUGCUCCCCGCGGCAGGCGCUCACCGAGCUGCUGCAGAAGAACUCGGAGCUGUGGCCCUACCCAUGCGCCGAGUGCGGCACCCACUUCUUCAACCAGUGGGCCCUCGCCAACCACAGGUGCGCUCCCUUGCCGAAGCCGCCCGCCCAGGUCAUGGCAGGGGGUGGCGGCGGCAGCGUGCUUUGGCAGGGGGCGGGCGGCGCGGUUCCGCCUCCAGCCGCGUUCCAGUGCCCCCACUGCAAGAGCACCUACCCAUGCAAGGAGGCUCUGGCCGGCCACGUGCAGAGCCACUUCACCUGGCGGCCGGCCCACUGUUACAUCUGCGACUGGGAUUUCACCCGGCCGGAGGAGCUGGUGGAGCACCUCGGCACCCACGUGGUCGAGCACCCGUACAAGUGCGGCCGCUGCCACAAGACCUUCCUGAGCCCGUUCCUGCUAGGCAAACACUACCAGCAGGAACACCCUGCCCUGGGGUAGCUGCAUGUCUGCAACUGGUUCGCCAAGCGCUUUGCUCAACCUGAGCUGCUGGAAGGGCACCUGCUUCCAGGGUGACGGGCGCGAGAGAGGCUGUUCUUGCCGGCACUGCUGGGGGAGCGUAGGAGGAAGCAUGCAGAAGAGGAGACGUGCCUGGCACAAAGGGGGAAAAAGACAGAGGUGUCUUCUCUAACUGGCUGCAGAAAGGGUUCCCCAGACUGAAUGUGGCUGGAAAAGACUUUGCUCAGGUGGAAAGGGCUGCCUGGCUCUUGAAGGGUCUCUGGUUCACUUUCCUCUUCUUCCUCCUCCUCCCCGCUGUGAUCCUUCAGUAUUGCUCUCAGGUGCCCUUUGAACACUGUGCUGUCACUGCGGGAGUUGCAAUCAAUUAAUUGGCAAAUCGCCUCCCGCAUAUAGGCCCGAAGGUCUUGCUUUGAGGUCUUUUAACAAUCACGUGGUGUGCAUUUUAUAUGCAACCUUAAAACAGGCAAAAGGAUUUUUAAAAGCAAGAGGAGAACAACCAAGCAUAGGUUUAAAAGCAACGCAAAAUCAACGGCUAAGGCAGAGAACUUUUCUCCUAGCUGGGAAAGCUUGUUGAAACUAACAUGUUCUCACUUGUUUCCAGAAGGGGCAGAGAGGGGGCUCUCCUGGCGGUCCAACUCGCAUUGCUGUGGCAUGUUUAAAGGUCUGCAGCCAUGUGGGUGAGACAGAUUGCAGGGUGCUGUUUUAUCUAGGGGAAAUCCAUGGGGUUGACGCUAAGAAAAGUGCCUCCCUCGAUGCUCCUGCGAUGAGAUUCUUCCGUUCCAUUUGGAAUGGUUUUAUGUGGUUUGUAGUACUAAUGAUUUUAAUGUUUUUUUAAAAAAUAAUAAUAAUGACAUAGUCUGUUGUUGUAACCUGCCCGGGGACCUAAUAAAUAACUCUUAUAAAUAAGUGUAACGCUUGAAGAGCAUCUUGGAGUUGGGUGCAUCAGUCCCUGUGCGAACAGCAGUAUCUUUCCAGCAAGGCUGUAAUAAUAAUAAUUAUUGUUACUAUUAUUUAUACCCCGCCCAUCUGGCUGAGUCUACCCAGGCUGGGCGGCUCCCAAUCAAAUAUUAAAACAAUACAGCACUAAAUAUUAAAAGCUUCCCUAAACAGGGCUGCCUUCAGAUGUCUUUUAAAAGAAAGAUAAUUGCUUAUUGCCUUGACAUCUACUGGGAGGGUGUUCCACAGGGAGGGCACCACCACCGAGAAGGCCCUCUGUCUGGUUCCCUGUAACCUCACUUCUCGCAAUGAGGGAACAGCCAGAAGGCCCUCGGCGCUGGAUCUCAGUGUCCGAACUGAACGGUGGGGGUGGAGACGCUCCUUCAGGUGUACAGCAAAUGCUGUGGCAGUUGCACUCCAGAAACUUGCGGCCUCAGUGUCUAUUUUGGGGGGACUCUGGAACACAGGUCACCAGGGUGCCGUGCUAGAACACAACAAGCACAAGGGUUGCAGGGCGAGGCAACAGGAGCGAACACACCCAUGCUCACACUUUUGCAUGGAGGAAAAAUUUGCAGGAAGUUUCAGAAGCAGGGAAGCCUGGCCUUUUCUCUAUUUCGGAGCCUGCAAAAGGGUUGUAUCACGGCAGCAACAGAAGUGUGGGAGAUGGGGGCGGUAGCGUGCUCUGUUCCGUUCUGAGCAGCCCAGCGCCCUCCAGAUUUCUUUAUUUUUUGGGACUACAACUCCCAUCAGCCCCUGGCAUUGGCUGAUGGGAAUUGUAGUCCGAAACACCUGGAGGCCAUGCUGGCUACCUGACAAAAGGGCAGCUUCAGCUUAAAGAGCUGCGUUCCAGAGAUCGUUUUACUAGACAUCUUUUCAUGGAAAGGUUUUUGCUCAUGCAGUGAGGUCAUUCCCAGCACCGUCCUUUCAGGAGCUACAAGGAGCAUGAAAUUGGGCACGGCCUGAUCAAGAUUUGUAUUUUAUUUUAUUAAAUUUAUAUAUUAUAUACCCGCAGGUCUCAGGGGAGUUUACAGAAUAAAAUCAAAAUAUAAAACCACAAAAUCCAUAAUCGAAAUAAAAACGACAACCCAAUAAUCCCUCCCCCCACAUUUUAAAAGGGCAUAGGAUGUCAAUCAAAUCAACCAAGGGCCUGGCUAAAAAGGAAUGUUUUAGUCUGGCACUUAAAGGUGUAUAACAGGGUCCCCAAACUAAGGCCCGGGGGCCGGAUGCGGCCCAGUCACCUUCUCAAUCCGACCCGCGGAUGGUCCGGGAAUAAGCAUGUUUUUAUAUGAGUAGAAUGUGUUCUUUUAUUUAAAAUGCAUCUCUGGGUUAUUUGUGGGGCCUGCCUUGUGUUUUUACAUGAGUAGAAUGUGUCCUUUUAUUUAAAAUGCAUCUCUGGGUUAUUUGUGGGGCAUAGGAAUGCAUUCUUUUUUUUCCAAAAUAUAGUCUGGCCCCCCACAAGGUCUUAGGGACAGUGGACCGGCCCCCUGCUGAAAAAGUUUGCUGACCCCUGGUAAUGAAGGUGCCAGGUGAACUUCCCUGGGGAGAGCAUUCUACAGACGGGGAGCCACUGCAGAGAAGGCCUGUUCUCGUGUUGCCACCCUCCGGACCUCUUGAGGAGGAGGCACAUGAAGGAGGGCCUCAGAAGAUGAUCUCAGGGGCCGGGUCAGUUCAUAUGGAAAGAGGCAGUCCUUGAGCUAUUGCCGUCCUGAGCCUAUUAGUUAGAUAGAGAUCAGCCAUGCCUAGUUUCCUCCCAGGCUUUGGCGAGGCGGUGGGUCUUUCCUUGCCGUUAACCUUUAUUCUCCCAGAGGCUCUUCAGAAAAUAUAUUACAUUUCCUACUUUGCAUGCAGAAGGUCCCCGGUUCAUUGCCCCUCCUUGACCACCAGCCAUGUUGGCUGGGCUUCAUGGGACUUUUAGUCCAUUCUUUGCUGGCUACCACCGGCCAGAGGUGUAAGGGUGGCAUCUGAACUUCAAGCGACACUUGUAAGCUCCUUUGCUCUCAGUUCUGCCCGUGUCGAAAGCGUUCUCCAUUUAAAAAAAUAACACAGGAUCUUUUUGGGACAUGGCGAUGAGGAUGAUGUUCUCCUGCCUCCUGAGACAGACAGGCUUCAGGUGGGAGGACAGGAGCUGAUGCUGGUCAUUGUGGGGAAUGGGAAAGACAGAACCCAUGGCGGUGGGAGUGGGCGGGUGUCCCCUGGGUGGUCCUUUGCGUUGAGCUGCAGCCAUAAACAAAUGCCGGGUUUCCCUAAGGAUUCAACCUGGUUUGUCUCAGAAGGAAUUCGGCCCAGACUUAUAGAAUCGUAGAGUUGGAAGAGACCACAAGGGCCAUCCAGUCCAACCCCCUGCCAAGCAGGAAACACCAUCAAAGCAUUCUUGACAUAUGCCUGUCAAGCCUCUGCUUAAAGACCUCCAAAGAAGGAGACUCCACCACACUCCUUGGUAGCAAAUUCCACUGUUGAACAGCUCUUACUGUCAGGAAGUUCUUCCUAAUGUUUAGGUGGAAUCUUCUUUCUUGUAUUUUGAAUCCACUGCUCCGUGUCCGCUUCUCUGGAGCAGCAGAAAACAACCUUUCUUUGAGGUUAACUUUGAGACGUUUUUGUAUAAAAAUGAAUGAAUACAAUAAUAAAGGGUUCUGUUUGUCCCUGCUUGUUGGUAUUUAUUUCAUUUCUAUACCGCUUUGUAUUUUUAAGAACAAAACACAUUAAAACCUCAAAUAAAAAAAUCCAGAAGAAAACACUACAGAAGAAAGCCAAAUAUAAAGCAUACUUCUAAACUAAAAUAUUAUCUGAAAGAUUUCAAAAUAAAAGUAUUACAAAGGCGGUCAGCUACCAAAUGCACAUUUGACGCAGCAAAAUUAACCAAAAAAUACCUUAAGACAUUUCAAAGGAAAACAUUACGAAAGGAAGUCAAAUAUAAAAUGCACAUUUAAAAUAGCAUUGUUAGCAAGAGAAGAGGACGCGUUUGGAUUUGAUAUCCUGCUUUAAGCAGAGGCUUGACAGGCAUAUGUCAAGAAUGCUUUGAUGGUGUUUCCUGCUCGGCAGGGGGUUGGACUGGAUGGCCCUUGUGGUCUCUUCCAACUCUAUGAUUCUAUGAAAUAACACGAAUAAAUUAACAGCCAAGUAUAAGAACGAAGAAUAAAAUGAGAUCUCAGAGAGUUCAGGCAUGAAAUGACCCUUCAAAAACACUGGGCAUUUAUUUUUUUUACUUCUGCCAUUUUCCUUCAGAUGGAAGAAACUGUACAGAUUUGCUCUGGACAAUAAAAGUGUCUCUGUAUUGGAUUAAAACCAGCCAGUUGUGCUGAUCCUGCUGUGUGCUGAUCUCUUUCUUGGCCCAAGCAAUGUUUGCAGUGAAGUUUUAAUGUUUUAAAGGACUCUCCUCCUUUCCGCACACCCAGCCGCUUCUAGGCAGAAAAUAGUUCUGUAUAACUUGGAAAGCCUGUAUUGGUAUUGAAGGAAAGAAGAAACCCACAUUUUUGCCCUGAGCAACCCUUAUGAGGAAAUAAUGCAAGACUUGGGACUUUUUAGUUCGGGGGAAAAGAUGAGAAAGAGACAACAUGAUAGAAAUUUAUAGUUUAUAAAAUGAUGGCUGGCAUGGAGAAAGUGGGUACUGAAAAGUCCCAUUCCCCACCUCAAUAACUAGAACUCCUGGUCAUCCAAUGAACUGGAAUGUUGGGGAUUCAGGAAUGAUACAAUAAUUUAUUCAAGCAGUGCAGAGUACAGUGGCCCCUUGGUUCUCUAACUUAAUCCGUUCUGGAAGUCCGUUCCAAAACCAAAGCGUUCCAAAACCUAGACACGCUUUCCCUUUUCCAUAGAAAGUAAUGCAAAACGGAUUAAUCCGUUCCAUACAACCCCUGUUGUUGUUUAGUCAUUUAGUCGUGUCCGACUCUUCGUGACCCCAUGGACCAGAGCACGCCAGGCACUCCUGUCUUCCACUGCCUCCCGCAGUUUGGUCAAACUCAUGUUCGAAGCUUCGAGAACACUGUCCAACCAUCUCGUCCUCUGUCGUCCCCUUCUCCUUGUGCCCUCCAUCUUUCCCAACAUCAGGGUCUUUUCCAGGGAAUCUUCUCUUCUCAUGAGGUGGCCAAAGUAUUGGAGCCUCAGCUUCACGAUCUGUCCUUCCAGUGAGCACUCAGGGCUGAUUUCCUUCAGAAUGGAUAGGUUUGAUCUUCUUGCAGUCCAUGGGACUCUCAAGAGUCUCCUCCAGCACCAUAAUUCAAAAGCAUCAAUUCUUUGGCGAUCAGCCUUCUUUAUGGUCCAGCUCUCACUUCCAUACAUCACUACUGGGAAAACCAUAGCUUUAACUAUACGGACCUUUGUAGGCAAGGUGGUGUCUCUGCUUUUUAAGAUGCUGUCUAGGUUUGUCAUUGCUUUU